UUAUCCAUUGUCGAUUAGCUCCAUGAUUCAAUGUAAAUUUCGCUUUUGGAAACAAAAGAACUAAACAAAUCACAAAUGUAGGAAUUUCACGGUGUGUAGCAGCCGUGUUUUUUUCAUUACCAACGUGACAUUUUUGGCAACCUUUUUGGAGCCUUUUUUGGGAUCCUUAUAGCUGACUUUUAUUGAACAACAUUUUUCUAACAUAAGGCUGUUACAUAAUGAACAGUAUGUUUGGAGGCCAUAAUCCAGGUGGAUUCGGCUUUGGUCAUGGCCAGCACAGUGGUUUUAGCAAUCCACAGGGUGGUCACGGACACGGAGGCCCGUUCGGGAAUCCCCACAAUGCAGGCGCCCACGGCGGCGCCAAUCAAUUCUCCCAGCUCACCCCCGGCAUCAGCAACGUGACGAACCUCAACGACAUGAAGUCCAAGGCUUCGCGCAUCUUCAUCGGGAACCUUAACACGGGCUUCGUUCAGCAGCAGGAUAUUGAGAAGCUUUUCGGCAAGUAUGGCAGGAUUACCGGGAUCAGUAUCCACGAGGGCUUUGGCUUUGUGCAGUACACCAAUGAGCUCAAUGCCAGGCAAGCUAGGGAAGGAGAAUAUGGAGCCGUCCUUGCUAGACAACCCCUAGAUGUAAGAAUUGCUAGUGAACCAAAUCCCAACCGGCCAAAAGGUUUCAAGAGAGUGCAGGGAACUGUAAGCAGUGGUUACAUUGAUCCAGCUAGUCUCCCUGUCAUUAUUCCAUCUGGCCCACCAGCAGCCAAAAAACAGAAGACUUUCUCAGGGAGGAAGGCCCAACAAUUUGAUGGACAGGGUCCCUCCCAGUGGAUCUGUUCCUACUGCAAGGAUGAGGCAGACGAUGCAUGGGAGUUGAUGAAGCACGUGGCCAUUGGCCAUAAGACACAAAUCUAUGUUGAUGAUCCUGCAGAGCUGGCGGUAGCAGACAAUGAACAGAAUGUCCUUUACGAUGAACUCAGUUAGAGAGCAGAGAGACAGGCCCCCGAAAUUAACCACGGCACCCAAAACAAUUGCUGCAUGGUACCCAUUUGCAAAGUUCCAAUACAAAUUAAAAUUGUCCUCAUAGAGUACACCUUACCAGAGGUAAAUAAAGCGAUCCAGUAGGCUCCGCCCAUGACGCACGUGUGAGCAACAACACGUGAGCCUCUCCAAUGCUUUUCAGCACAACUCUGCUGAGUGCGCCAAGUAUACGCGCACGCAUGUCGGACUUUAUUUGUCCGACCUUCAUUGCGUUGUGAUUAGUCAAUACGCAAUGGGGCGGAGCUUAAUGGAUUGGUCUAUCGCCAUGCCCCUUAAACUAGAGGUAAAUUGCAGUGCCUGUCAAGAGCGAAGUCCAAGGCCUUGGGGAACUCAGGAUCCUGGGGCAUUGGGGAGCUCAGGAUCCUGGGGCAUUGGGGGACUCGGGAUCUUGGGGCAUUGGGGAACUCAGGAUCCUGGGGCAUUGGGGAACUCAGGAUCCUGGGACAUUGGGGAACUCAGGAUCCUGGGGCAUUGGGGAACUCAGGAUCCUGGGGCAUUGGGGAGGUGCUUGGGCACGGAUGGCAUUGUAGUCGCUGUCGACUUUUGUCUCGAGUCUGACAUGUGAUUAGGAAGCAAUUGGAAAUUUCUCUCAACAGACCUGAAACAUUUCUCAUCUGUUCACUGGUGUAUGUGAAUAUAUUGCAAACUUCUAUUAGCGCAGUAAAGCAACAACUCUAAAUUUUAAUAAAAAAUCACCCACAUAAUUUUUAAAAAUAUAUUUCUGGGCAUAUUUUUAAGAAGGCACAAGUCCCCUUUUCAUCGGUUGUUUUUGCUGUAUUAUUGCCAAAUCUUUACCAUUAUUUCAUUUUCAAACAUGUUCAAAAACAUUUGUUGUUCACUUUUCUUUGUUCACUUGGAGUGUGUGAACAUUUGUAAACCUUUUUGUUGUUCUUGAUCAUUAUUUUUUAAGUACCGUAGACAAUAAAUCUAUUGUCUAUACUUUAUUUAGUGAAACCUUAUACUCUUGCUUAUUUUCACAUAUUAACACAUUUCUGGUUUAUAUUGUUUUGAUUGAAUCAAAUAUCUUGGUUUGUUUAUGGAUUGUUUGAUUUAUUUAGUUAUAUUAUGUACGCUUGUUAUUCAUGCAGUUUUUUCUAACAAAAUGCAGUUCAAAUUUUUUGUUUCGUUCUUUAGUUUUAAAUUUGUGUUUUUCUCCUCAAGUACUUGACCUUCCCCCCCCUGUUUCUUUUUUGUAACAAAAACAAGAACUAAAAUUUUUCAGAAAGCAUAAUUUCUGACCAUAUAUUUCUUUUGUAAUGUAUCUUUGUGACCCCAACUAGCUAGAUAAGUUUAUUAUCGCUCCCCGCUUAUUCAGAAACCUGCCAACCGCAAACAAAUUUCUAUCAGUAAUUUGAAAAGAAGAAUUGUUGGGUUUUCCUGACCGAUUGAGUGUUUCCUUACUAUACCAACAGACGCCAAGUCUAGAUUUAUUUUGUCACGUCCAACCCUGGGAGUAAAGUUGAAAUAUUGUUUCAUUCAGUUGUAAGGAAUUGACAAACUAGUUGUAUAAUAACUGUAAUGUAUAACAAAGUGAUAUGUGCAUGAAAGAUGGAGCAUUGUAAUUAUGAGUAACACAAUAAAACACUUGUGUAAACGA